GCUAUCUAUUCCGAGAGGUAAAAUCUUACAAAUUGGUAAUGUCACUCUGCGAAAGGUGUCAGUCGAUGCAGAAAUGCAGUUACCUGAGGUACCGUUCCUGGCCCUGAUAGGCUUUUGGCUAGUUGGCACAUUGCAGGCUGGUCCUGUAGAUAAAGGACUCAGCUAUGAUUCCUAUCAUCCGAGGUUCCAGCCGGAACCUACUCCGCUUGCCACCCUAGCAAAUCAAGAACUAUCCAUCGACUACUGGUUAAACAACGCCAGGGAAAUGGCACAGAAGUUCAUCAACCACAAGGAGAACAAAAAAGUUGCCAAAAACGUGAUCAUGUUCCUGGGAGAUGGCAUGUCCAUCAGCACGGUAGCAAUGGCCCGUGUCUACGCCGGAGGUGAAGAGAAGCAACUGGCUUUCUCGAACUUCCCGAACGUGGGGAUGACGAAGACCUACUGUGUCAACUACCAAGUUCCGGACUCGGCCUGCACGGCAACUGCCUACCUGGGCGGGGUAAAGACCAACUACGAAACAAUCGGAGUCAACGCUCGGGUUCCCAGUUCCGACUGCACAGCUGAACUGGAUAAGUCAACCCACGUUGACUCCAUUGCUAAGUGGGCGUUGGAUGCCGGGAAGGACGCCGGACUGGUUACGACUACGCGAGUAACGCACGCUUCGCCUGCCGGACUCUACGCUCAUACUUCGAACCGGCAUCGGGAGAAUGAUGCCAAGGUUUCGGAAGAUGGAUGUGACCCAGAGGUGGUUGAGGACAUCGCCAAGCAACUCAUUCACGGAGAUGUGGGACGACGAUUGAAGGUAAUCCUGGGGGGUGGCCGUAGGGAGUUCCUGCAUGAAGACCUGGAUCCUGAAACCGGCAAACCUGGCAAACGGACGGACAAUAGGAAUCUCAUUCAGGAGUGGCAGGACUUGGCCGAGGGAUCCGAGAAUCGAACCUACGUAUGGAACAAGCAAGAUCUCCUGAAUAUAGACAUCAAAACGACCGAUCGGCUACUGGGACUGUUCGAACCAGAUCACUGCCCAUACAAUCUGGAACUAAUUCAUAAGGGUCUGACUCAAGAACCGACGCUGACGGAAAUGGUCGAUAAGGCCACGGACAUUCUCAGCAAGAAUCCCGAGGGUUUUUUUCUGUUCGUGGAGGGAGGUCGAAUCGAUCACGGCCAUCAUGACAACUGGGCACGGUAUGCUCUGGACGAAACUGUGGAGUUCUCAAAAGCGGUAGAACUUGCCCGGGCCAAGUUCAGCGAGGAGGAUACCUUGAUCGUUGUCACGUCAGAUCAUUCCCACAGUGUCAGCUACAAUGGUUACGCGAGUCGUGGAGCGGACAUCUUCGGAGUAGCCGGCACGGGCAAGGAUCAACUCCCGUACAUGACCAUAGGGUACGCCAACGGGAAGGGUUUCUACGAACAUGUUGACGCCGCCAAGGGUGGACGAAGGAACAUCAGUGAGUUGGACACCUCGGGUGAUGAGUUCCGAUUUCCGGCCACUGUUCCUCUGUACUCGGAAACGCAUGCCGGUGAAGAUGUGGCCGUGUACGCUUCCGGGCCUUGGGCGCAUCUCUUCACCGGGACCUACGAACAGAAUGUGAUUCCGCACAUGAUGGCGUACGCGGCGUGUCUGGGCGAUGGGUUGAAGGCUUGCGCGUGAGAAGCUCCAGGGAACAGAUAUGUUAAAUAAGAUUAACUAGAGUAAUAAAAAUGUAUGAUUUUUGUUUCAA